AUGUGGGGGUGGGGGGGGGGGGGUGGGGGGGGGGGGGGGGGGGGGGGGGGGGGGGGGGGGGGGGGGGGGUCCCCCCCCCCCCCCACACUUGUGGGGGGGGGGGGGGGGGGGGGGGGUGGGGGGGGGGGGGGGGGGGGGGGGGGGGGGGGGGGGGGGGGGGGGGGGGGGGGGGGGGGGGGGGGGGGGGAGUUAGAUUUGUUGGUGAAUGUGGAAUUCCCUCUGACCCUCGCAGACACAGAUAUGAGGCUGCGGAGCCUCUGUAGACAGCGCCUCACGGCCUUCAGGUCACUGGACACAAGCGAUUACGAGACCAAUCUGAGGUUUCAUCUGUUGUCGGGGGUCACCCCUCAAGCCCCGUUACAGGCUUGA